AAAAUGUUAAUAUAUUUAUCUUGGGGUGGUGGAAGCAUGAGUGACUUGUUUUAUGUUAUAAUGAACAAAUAUUUCUUAGGCAAUAAAACAUUAGAAUAAUUUAAAAAUAAACAAGAAAGUAGGUAACAGGGGCAGCAAUGUUUCCCACUGCCCUCUUAUUCACUUUAACCCCACAAACAUUUCAGAAGUACCUAGUUGGUGCUGGGUCCUCUGCCAAGGUAUGAGCAGGAGUUGGAAUGAUCAGAUGUGGUCCCUGCAACAACCCCAGAUAGUGGCCAGGGUGACCCAAGGGGAUCCUUCAGGUAGGCCUGCACUAGGGUAGUGCCUGAACACAGAUAGAUGGGGGCUCUCCAGCAGGUACUGGCAGGGCAGUGGUGCCCAGCAGGAAGCUGCCCAGCCAGGAUCUCAGGAUUGAAGGAUGAGGAGAACAUCGUGCACCCACCUCUGGAAGAGUAGAAACAGGAGCUACUACUAAAGAUGUAAGAUAGGAUGGGGUAGUGGGACCAGGAUGAGGGAAGAGAAUGGAGGCGGGGGCACUCCCAGCUUCAGCCAACCAUCCUUCCACCCCAAGGAUCCCAAACCAGCCUGGCCAUGGCAGCUGCAGAGACCAGAAUCAAAGCCUCAAACACGUCUGUCUCACUAGGCCGAGGCCUUUGCAGGUAAGAGCCUUCUGUCAGGAGCCUCUACCACGUGGAACAAGGGCUGAGGACUGUAACGGCCACUGUGUUCUCAAGAGCUGGGCAGCGCCAAAGUUUACUCCAACCCGCAAGACCCUGGGACCGGCCUCCUCCCUCUAAGCCAACGGGGAAGUACAUUCUUUGAGGCCCUAUGGGCUCUAUUUUUGUUUCUUUGUUUCAUUUUAUCUCCUUUCUCUUCUGCUCAGCCCAGGGCUACAAGAGAGGCGGCGGGAAGUCAAGUUAUUUCCUAUCCACUGCGGGGCUGAGCCCCCACCGCCAGAGGGCACCCGAGCGCAGAAAUUUAGAUACCUCGGGGAGAGAGCGGAGUAGGAAAAGCACCCAAGCUCUCCACUUCUCUCUGAACCACUCUGCGGAAAGCCUGUUCGUGUUGGGUCAACUCCGGAGUAAUCCUGGAGAGGCGUCUCCCCACCCGCCGCCUGGAAGGGCGCAGAAUGAGUGGGGUCUUCUGCCCGGAGUGCGGGGCGAUGAUACCAACCCCGGCCUCCCUGAGAGGUCAGCUGCAACAAGGACGGCACUCUCGGUUCUCACAGCGCCUCUCCAGCGGCUUCAUCCAUCCCGGACGCCGACGGUGCGGAACAGAUCGGGGAGACAGGAGUACUCUGGGCUAGGUGUGGAUCCACCUGGGGAGGAGGGCAAUAGACCCACGCACCAUGGGCGCGACCUCGUUCUGGUGACUGAAGCUUGUGGAGUUACCUCCACUCAGGGAUUCCUGGCCCCCAUUCCAGCCACAUCCUUGCCCUACCACCCGGAGCCUGAGCCCCAAAGGUUCAAGAAGUCAAGAGCCUGGUGAAAUGCACUGUGGAAAUAUAUUGAAUUUAU